CGCGCCUCCCGCACGGCCGCAGCUCGGGGUCCAGCGCGGCCUCCGCCCUCCGCUCGCCCGCUCCGGCCCGCACCGGCCUUCACUCUGGAGCGGCCCCGGCAGCCGCAGCAGGGGCGGCGGCGGCGCAUCGAGGAGCUCUCCAGGUCGUCCCGGGAGAGGCUGCUGCAGUCCCGGGACAGGAUGUUCUCCAAGUUCACCUCCAUCCUGCAGCACGCCGUGGAGGCGCUUGCACCAUCUCUGCCUUUACAAGAGGAUUUUGUCUAUCACUGGAAGGCAAUCACCCAUCACUACAUAGAAACUUCAGAUGAUAAAGCCCCAGUGACCGAUACAAACAUUCCAUCUCAUCUGGAACAGAUGUUAGACAUACUGGUUCAAGAGGAAAAUGAGCGGGAAUCUGGAGAGACGGGGCCGUGUAUGGAGUACCUGCUCCAUCACAAGAUCCUAGAAACACUGUAUACCUUAGGGAAGGCUGAUUGUCCUCCAGGGAUGAAACAGCAGGUUUUGGUGUUCUACACUAAGCUCCUGGGAAGAAUCCGGCAGCCGCUGCUCCCACACAUUAACGUCCACAGGCCUGUGCAGAAAUUAAUCCGACUGUGUGGUGAAGUCCUUGCAACACCAACGGAAAAUGAAGAGAUUCAGUUUCUCUGCAUCGUGUGUGCAAAGCUGAAACAGGAUCCCUACUUGGUUAACUUUUUUCUGGAGAACAAGUCGAAGUUCUUGGCCUCCAAAGGAACACUGAAUGUAAUUUCAGAAGACAUCCUGAAAGCUCGGGAUUCCUUGUCAACUGACACAGGCCAGCCCCGGCAGCCCGAGGAGCUGUUGGGUGCUGCUGGGGUGGAGCACACAGAGUCAGAGGACGAGCCUGCUCAGCAGAUGGAUGCGCUGUCUACAAACCUGGAUGACCUCAAUGUCACUUGCCUGCCAGAGGCCUCUGUCAUUCGUCCAAACCAGGAUUAUAACUUAGUGAAUUCUCUGUUAAAUCUUACCAGAAGUCCUGAUGGCCGCAUAGCCGUGAAAGCGUGCGAGGGCUUGAUGCUGUUAGUGAGUCUGCCAGAGCCUGCGGCCGCCAAGUGCCUUACUCAGAGCACUUGCUUGUGCGAACUGCUGACGGACAGACUUGCCUCGCUGUACAAGGCCCUACCUCAAUCAGUGGAUCCCUUAGAUAUUGAAACCGUGGAAGCAAUUAACUGGGGGUUGGACUCCUAUAGUCACAAGGAAGAUGCUUCGGCAUUCCCAGGGAAACGAGCCUUAAUUUCAUUUCUUUCCUGGUUCGAUUAUUGUGACCAACUCAUUAAGGAAGCACAAAAGACUGCUGCUGUUGCUCUUGCCAAAGCUGUUCAUGAAAGGUUCUUCAUUGGUGUCAUGGAACCUCAGUUAAUGCAGACCUCGGAGAUGGGGAUUCUGACAUCCACCGCUCUACUGCAUCGCAUCGUUCGACAGGUGACCUCGGAGGUUUUGCUUCAAGAAAUCGUAGUCUUUAUCCUUGGAGAACAGAGGGAACCUGAAACGCUAGCAGAAAUAAGCAGGCAUCCUUUAAGACACAGGUUAAUUGAGCACUGUGACCACAUAUCUGAUGAGAUAAGCAUAAUGACGCUGAGAAUGUUUGAACAUCUGCUACAAAAACCCAAUGAGCACGUUCUCUACAACCUGGUCCUGAGGAAUCUUGAAGAGAGAAAUUAUACAGAAUACAAACCUCUGUGCCCCGAAGACAGAGAUGUGGUAGAGAAUGGCCUGAUAGCAGGAGCUGUAGAUCUGGAAGAAGAUCCAUUAUUUACUGACAUUUCACCAGAUAACACCUUGUCUAACCAAGAGUGGCUUAGUUCUCCACCUCGUGCGAGUCCAGACCACCCCAAAAACGACGGGAAGACAGAAGUCCAUAAAAUUGUAAACAGUUUUCUCUGUCUGGUACCAGAUGAAGCAAAGUCAUCCUACCAUGUUGAGGGCACUGGAUAUGACACCUACCUCCGAGACGCUCACAGGCAGUUCCGGGACUACUGUGCUAUUUGCUUAAGAUGGGAGUGGCCCGGGUCUCCAAAAGCACUGGAAAAGUGUAAUUUAGAAGCAGCCUUCUUUGAAGGUCACUUUUUGAAAGUUUUAUUUGACAGAAUGGGAAGAAUUCUCGAUCAGCCAUACGAUGUGAAUCUACAGGUGACCUCCGUUCUGUCAAGACUGUCCCUCUUCCCUCAUCCACACACACAUGAGUACCUUUUGGAUCCCUAUGUGAACCUGGCCUCUGGCUGUAGGUCCCUCUUCUCUGUGAUCGUCAGGGUUGUUGGAGACCUUAUGGUUCGAAUUCAGCGCAUUCAAGACUUCACUCCCAAGCUUCUACUAGUCAGAAAACGAUUGCUUGGUUUGGAACCCGACGGCCCUAUUGUUGACCACAUCACAUUGCUAGAGGGUGUGAUUGUAUUAGAAGAGUUCUGUAAGGAGCUUGCAGCAAUUGCAUUUGUGAAAUACCAUGCUUCCUCCACGCCCUGAGAAACAUCUUCCAGGUCUCUCGGGGGAACCUGUGCUGUUGUGUACAUUUCGUCUGAAAAGACUCUGCUCCACCCAGCCACAAGAGGGUGAAAAGCCUCUUUAAAUGAAGUAUUGCUGUAAACUGGACAGAAUCAUUAAUUACCCACUGUGGACGCUCUUGGUAGAAAGUGACAAUGUUGUUUGCGUUGGCUUUAUUGCAAUGGUUCUUUAUAUAACUUGCACAUUAUUGAACCUAGGAUACAAUCAAAGGAACUUCAGGAAAUAAGCAUUUCAAUGACUGUGAAAAGCUGCACCAUUUCUGAUGUUAUGACUUUGAUGAUCUUUCUGUUAUUUUAAUAUCCUUUUAGGCAGCGAGGCAUUUCGACAUUCUCUGGCACUCAAAUGCUUAUAUUCUUUUGGAUCAAAAAGCAGCAAAAAAAAAAAUCACUAAUUUUAUAACUUUUUAAGGUUAGGCUUCUUAUCAAAACAUGUAGGAAAACUGUAAAUGAGAAAAAAAAUAUAGUUCAGAAACCAUCAAAAGAAUUAUAGGAAAU